AUGGGUAGCGGAGCAAGUGCUGAGGAUAAAGAAAUGGCCAAGAGGUCCAAAGAGCUGGAAAAGCAGCUCCAGGAAGAUGCAGAUAAGGAAGCAAAGACAGUCAAGCUCCUGCUGCUGGGUGCUGGUGAGUCAGGGAAGAGCACCAUUGUAAAGCAGAUGAAAAUUCUGCAUCAAGGUGGUUAUACGAAAGAAGAACAAAUAGCGUUUAAAGCUAUCAUCUAUGGUAACAUCCUGCAGUCAGCUCUGGCCCUCAUUAGAGGCAUGGAGAUGCUGGGCAUCAACUACGGAUUACCAUCAGCACAGGAAGAUGGUCAGAAGCUGCAGAACCUGGCGGACUCCACCGAGGACGGCGCCAUGCCCCCUGAACUGGCAGACGUUAUCAAGAGGCUGUGGAAGGACUCAGGGGUGCAGGCUGCCUUUGAAAGAGCAUCUGAGUACCAGCUUAAUGACUCUGCUGGCUACUACCUGAGCGACAUGGACAGAAUCUGCAAACCUGACUACCUCCCCACGGAGCAGGACGUGCUAAGGUCUCGAGUCAAGACCACUGGUAUCAUUGAGGAGCAGUUCGGCUGCAAAGAGCUGCACUUCAGGAUGUUCGAUGUGGGUGGUCAGAGGUCUGAGAGAAAGAAAUGGAUUCACUGUUUUGAGGGUGUGACCUGCAUUAUCUUCUGUGGAGCUCUGAGCGCUUAUGACAUGGUGUUGGUAGAAGACGACGAAGUGAACCGCAUGCACGAGAGCCUCCACCUAUUCAACAGUAUCUGCAACCACAGGUUCUUCGCAACAACCUCCAUUGUGCUUUUUCUCAACAAGAAAGAUCUCUUUGAGGAAAAGAUUAAGAAAGUCCACCUCAGCAUCUGCUUCCCUGAAUAUGAUGGUCCAAACACGUAUGAAGACGCCAGCAACUACAUCAAGACCCAGUUUCAGGACCUAAACAUGAAGAAAGGCGUAAAAGAAAUCUAUGCGCACAUGACCUGUGCCACCGACACAAAGAAUGUUGAAAUCGUGUUCAAUGCUGUGACAGACAUUAUCAUCAAAGAGAACCUUAAGGACUGCGGUCUGUUCUAAAGGAUACCCACUUUUUAAGAAUCCCCCCCACCCUUCCACCCUUGACCUGAAUGACUGGUAUCGCUCUGGUGAUUCUGCCAAGGCGAUGACAGAGGACUCACAGAUGGCAUGACAGUGACCUGUACA